AUGUUUCGAGUUUCGGGUUUUCGGGCUUUUAGGGUUUCGGGUUCGGUUUUGCUUAAGCCAUAUUCGGGUGCCGAAAUUAGGGCAAAUAUUGGGGAUUUUGGUUUGGCGAAGACGGAAAGAAGUUCGAAGAAGAGGAAAACAUUGGAACCCUAUUGGAGGGGUACCCCUAUGUAUUUAUCGCCCGAGGCUAUGAUAGAUAAAGUGCAAGAGGGGGCAAGGGGUCAAUUGCCUAAAGUCCCAAACGAGAUAUCGAAGGAGGCGAACGAUUUUCUAAAGGGAAGUUUUGUGAGGUGGUCCGUUUUCAUACAUACUUCUGAAAUGCUCUUGCAUCAUCCGUUUGUCGAAGUUUUUGAAAAUGAUGAUGCGGUUGAAGAAUCUGUGGAAGUUGAGUUUAGUUGUAAGGUAUAUUCGGAUGAGGAUUCGUUUUCGUCUUGGUACGAAGAAGAGUUGGAUGAAAUAGGAGAAACAUAA